AUGUCUGGUCCGUUCGAUAUCGAUCGCUCGCCACCGAGCGCUGAGCUGCUGGAGAUCGCGAAACAAGAACUCCGCGAGACACCAGAAGUCCGUGCCGCCGCCAUCGAGGAGUUGCGCAAGUUGCUCAAAGCAAGCGACCUCAGCUUCCCGGACGACGAUGAGUUCCUGCUAAUCUACCUGCGCCCUACUAAGUUCUAUCCUGAGAGCGCCCUUAAGCUGAUGCGCAAUGUGGCCGAGUUCAACAAGACGUACAAAGAUCUGCUGCACAACCUGAUGCCGGUUGACACGAAGCCGGUCUUCGUCGAUCAUGGACUGAUCAACAUCUUCACCAACCGCGACCAGAAGGGCCGCCGCGUGAUGGUGGUGCACAUGGGCGAGGCUUGGAACACGAAGCUUGUGACCGAGGAUCAGAUCUUCCGUGCUCUGUACACCAUCCAAAAGAUGGCAGUGCUGGAAGCGGCCACCCAGAUUAACGGUGCCGUCGUGAUCUACGACUUCAAGGGCAUGGGUAUGGGCCACGUCAAGGCGAUGUCGACGAGCGGUGCCAAGCGUCUGCUGACCUUCAUCCAGGAGGCCUGUCCAUUGCGCAUGAAGGCUGUCCACUUCGUCAACGAACCGAUGAUCUUCAACAUGGUGUGGUCGCUGUUCAAGCCUUUUGUUAAGGAGAAGCUGAACAAACGCAUGUUCUUCCAUGGAGAGAAGAUGGCCAAGCUGCACGAGCACAUCAACAAGGAGUACUUGCCAGCGAACUACGGAGGCACUCUUCCCGCUCUGGACUACGGCGGCAAGGACUGGUAUCCGACUGCUGAGAAGUACAUUGACUUCAUCCAGAAGUGGAACACAUGUGGAUUCAAAUAA